UCGAUCCAUAUUUAGACCCACCCCAUAAUCAACUAUCUCACUGAUCCGGCUGUCUGAUUUCCUUCCUCGUCAGUUUCCAAACAUUUCUUCGAUGAACUGAUUAGUGAUUUCACUCGAGGAAAUUAAUAUCAAAAUGCCGCCAUCAACCCCCAAUGGAUCUGCGGCCAAACCACAGGAGGAAGACGAAUCUACGGCCACGGCCACCGCAUCCUCCUCCUUAAAAUUCGGGACAGCGGAGGCUUUGGAGCACGUCCGUAGCCUGACCGACGUGGGCGCCAUGACGCGGCUGCUCCAUGAGUGCAUUGCGUACCAGCGGGGGCUGGACCUUGAACUGGACAACCUCUUGGCCCAACGUAGCGACCUCGAUAAGCACCUCCUCCACCUCCAAAGAUCUGCUGAAGUUCUCGAAAUUGUGAAGGCCGAAUCGGACCACAUGCUCUCCAAUGUCAGCUCUACCGCCGACCUUGCCGACAGCGUCAGUGCCAAGGUCCGUGAGCUAGACCUUGCCCAAUCCCGGGUCAACUCCACUCUCUCCCGCAUAGACGCCAUCGUCGAGCGGGGCAACUGUCUCGACGGUGUCAAGAAUGCUCUGGAUUCCCUAGACUAUGAAUCUGCAGCUAAGCAUGUCCAGACUUUUCUGCAGAUUGAUGCCAAAUACAAGGACUCCGCAUCAGAUCAGAGGGAGCAGCUUCUCGCGUGUAAGAAACAGUUGGAAGGGAUAGUCAAGAAGCAGCUCUCUGCCGCAGUGGAUCAACGGGAUCACUCAACGAUUCUGCGGUUCAUUCGCCUGUAUCAGCCUUUAGGUUUGGAGGCGGAGGGAUUGCAGGUCUAUGUUGGGUAUUUGAAGAAGGUGAUCGCCAUGAGAUGUAGGCUUGAGUUUGAGAAUCUGGUGGAGUUGAUGGAGCAAAGUCAUAACCAGAGUCAGGUAAACUUUGUUGGGUGCUUGACGAAUUUGUUUAAGGACAUUGUCCUGGCUAUUGAACAAAAUGACGAAAUUUUGAGGAGUCUUUGCAGUGAGGAUGGUAUUGUAUAUGCUAUAUGCGAACUUCAGGAGGAGUGUGAUUCGCGGGGCUCUUUGAUCUUGAGGAAGUACAUGGAUUAUAGGAGAUUAGCUAAAUUAUCUUCUGAGAUUAAUGCUCAGAACCAUAAUUUGCUUGCUGUUGGUGCACCUGAAGGACCAGACCCAAGAGAUGUUGAAAUGUAUUUGGAGGAAAUACUGUCAUUGAUGCAACUUGGUGAGGACUACACAGAGUUUAUGAUUUCAAAAAUCAAAGGAUUGACUUCAGUUGAUCCAGAGUUAGUACCACAAGCCACAAAAGCCUUUAGGAGUGGAAGCUUUAGUAAAGUUGUUCAAGAUAUCACUGGGUUCUAUGUGAUCUUGGAAGGAUUCUUUAUGGUGGAGAAUGUGAGGAAAGCUAUUCGGAUUGAUGAGCCAGUGCCUGACAGCCUUACAACUUCCAUGGUGGACGAUGUUUUCUAUGUUUUGCAGAGUUGCUUGAGAAGGGCAAUCUCCACCUCAAAUAUUAGCUCUGUGAUUGCUGUACUAAGUGGUGCAAGUAGUUUAUUGAGCAAUGAAUACCAGGAUGCUUUGCAACAGAAAAUGAGAGAGCCAAACCUUGGGGCAAAGCUGUUCUUGGGUGGUGUUGGAGUGGAAAAGACUGGGACAGAGAUUGCAACAGCUUUGAACAAUAUGGACGUGAGUAGUGAGUAUGUCCUGAAACUAAAGCAUGAGAUUGAAGAGCAGUGUGCAGAGGUAUUCCGAGCUCCAGCAGAUCGGGAAAAAGUGAAAUCUUGCUUGUCCGAGUUGGGUGAUAUGAGCAAUAAUUUCAAGCAAACCUUAAAUGCUGGCAUGGAGCAACUUGUGGCGACUGUGGCACCCCGGCUUCGUCCAGUAUUAGAUGCCGUGGCAACUAUCAGCUAUGAGCUAUCAGAGGCUGAAUAUGCUGAUAAUGAGGUUAACGACCCAUGGGUUCAGAGGCUUCUGCAUGCUGUCGAGACUAAUGCAACAUGGCUCCAGCCACUAAUGACUGCCAACAACUACGACUUAUUCGUACAUUUAAUAAUUGACUUCAUCGUGAAGAGGCUUGAAGUGAUAAUGAUGCAGAAAAGAUUCAGUCAGCUGGGAGGCCUUCAGCUUGACAGAGAUGCAAGGGCUUUGGUUAGCCAUUUCUCCAGCAUUACCCAGAGGACUGUGAGAGAUAAGUUUGCAUGUCUCACUCAAAUGGCAACCAUCCUCAACUUAGAAAAGGUCUCGGAGAUUCUAGAUUUCUGGGGUGAGAAUUCAGGACCUAUGACCUGGAGACUAACCCCGGCUGAGGUUAGGCGAGUGUUGGGUCUAAGGGUUGACUUUAAACCUGAAGCAAUUGCUGCUCUGAACUUGUAACCCUUUAUCUGGUUGGUCAAGUACUCCAAAACUAUCUCAUAACAUAUGCUUAUCGUUUUUCUAUUCUUUUUUGUCUGUA